GAGAGGCCUCGCCCCCAGAUCCGCCCAGCCCUACAUCGUGCGCGAUGUCCGCAGACGCCGAGUGAGUGGCAGGGAGGUCAUCGCCCUCCGACUCCCGGCAUCCGACCCUCCACGCCAGGGGCGGGGCCUGUGGCCGCGCUCGACUCCCUACGCCCCGCCUCCACGGACGCCUCCUCGCGGACCGUCCGGCACGUCACGUGACGGGUCGGCGUCGCUGGCGGUUGCUGUCAGCUGAUUCCCCGGGUUGGUGGCUGGGGCAGCCGCGGCGAUGGACUUUCUUCUGGGGAAUCCGUUCAGCUCUCCGGUGGGACAGCGCAUCGAGAAGGCGACAGAUGGCUCCCUGCAGAGCGAGGACUGGGCCCUCAACAUGGAGAUCUGCGACAUCAUCAACGAGACGGAGGAAGGUCCCAAAGAUGCCUUCCGAGCAGUGAAGAAGAGAAUCGUAGGGAAUAAGAACUUCCACGAGGUGAUGCUGGCUCUCACGGUCUUAGAAACCUGCGUCAAGAACUGCGGGCACCGCUUCCACCUGCUGGUAGCCAGCCAGGACUUUGUGGAGGGCGUGCUGGUGAAGACCAUCCUACCCAAGAACAACCCGCCCACCGUCGUGCACGACAAAGUGCUCCACCUCAUCCAGUCCUGGGCUGACGCGUUCCGCAGCUCGCCCGACUUGACAGGGGUGGUGGCCGUCUACGAGGACCUGCGGAGGAAGGGCCUGGAAUUCCCGAUGACCGACUUGGACAUGCUGUCACCCAUCCACACGCCCCAGAGGACCGUGUUCAGCUCAGAGGCACCAUCAGGGCCGAAUUCCGUGGGCACGGACGCCAGCCAUGGAGGAGACUCCACCCCGCACACCACCCCUCUGCCCGUGCCGGCCACCGUCCCCAGUGACACCCCCAUCACACCCACCCCUGAGCAGAUCGCAAAGCUGCGCAGCGAGCUCGAGAUGGUGAGUGGGAACGUGAGGGUGAUGUCGGAGAUGCUGACGGAGCUGGUGCCCACCCAGGCAGAGCCUGCAGACCUGGAGCUGCUACAGGAGCUCAACCGGACGUGCCGAGCCAUGCAGCAGCGGGUCCUAGAACUCAUCCCCCGAAUCGCCAAUGAACAGCUCACCGAGGAGCUGCUCAUCGUCAAUGACAACCUCAACAACGUGUUCCUGCGCCACGAACGGUUUGAACGGUUCCGAACAGGCCAGACCGGCAAGGCCCCACAAGAGGUCGAGGCGGCAGCUGACCUGAUCGACAUGGGCCCUGACCAGGCGGCCACUGGCAGCCUCUCAUCCCAGCUGGCGGGAAUGAACUUGGGCUCCAGCAGCGUGAGGGCUGGCCUGCAGUCUCUGGAGGCCUCUGGCCAACUGGAAGGCGAGUUUGACAUGUUUGCGCUGACCCGGGGCAGUUCUCUGGCUGACCAACGGAAAGAGGUGAAAUACGAAGCCCCCCAAGCAGCAGAUAGUCUGGCGGGAGCCCUGGAUGCCCGACAGCAGAACACUGGAUCGAUGGGAGGCAGCAGUGAGAAGAGCCUCAGUGCCUGGAUGAGGAGACAAGGCAUGAUCCCCGUCACCCAGGCCUGCCUCAUGGAGGACAUCGAGCAGUGGCUGUCCACGGACGUGGGGAAUGACGCGGAGGAGCCCAAGGGCGUCACCAGCGAAGAAUUUGACAAGUUCCUGGAAGAACGGGCCAAAGCAGCCGAUCGGUUGCCCAACCUUUCCAGCCCCUCGACUGAGGGGCCCCCAGGGCCCCCGGGGCCCCCUCGUGGCGCUGCCCCUCGAAAGAAGACCCAGGAGAAAGAUGAGGACACGCUGUUUGCCUUAUGAGCGUGGGGCCUGGCGCCUGCAGCUCGAGCCCCUGCUGCUCCCGCACCCUUUGGCUGGGGCUUCUUUCCCUCCUUCGGUGUUAAGGCUGCUUUGAGGUUGGCUUGUUACCCCCUUCUCUCCUCCUCGAGUAUGGGCUGACCCAGCUGUGGCUGGGCCCAGCUGCCUGGGCUGUGGAGAGGCAGCUGGAUGAACUGGGGUAACGGGUCAGUUCCACGUUGGGAUCUCGGCCAACUCCUGCCUCCUUCCCUACCCCAACCGACCACUACUUUGCUGAGAAGCAGGAGGUCUUGUGACAGGCUGGCUGCUUGUUCGCCCUGGUGUGACUCCUUGCCCUGGGUGAUCCCCUCCCUGGACCCAUCCCCAGAGGCGCCCACACUGUCAGCCGAGGCUUCGGCUGGGGGCUAGAGACAGCAGAAGCUUCUGUCACAGCCCCUGGGCCAUUCUUCAGCACCUGCCUGGUGGAGUCCAAAGGCUCUGUCUGGCUAGCUGUUGAGGGGGCUGCCAAGCUGCACGCUGUCCAGGUACGAAGCUGCAUGUGGUGGGGGUGAGACCUCCACAGGCCGCAAAGGGGAGGCGUCCGGGGCUGCCUGGAGCACCUGUGACCCCCACGACCUCCACUGCCUUCUCCUGCAACUUCCCUCUGUUCUUCCCAGGCAGGGCUCCACCGGGCACUGGGCCCACCCACCUGUUGAUUGAUCCCCUUGUACUGGGAGAGGUGCCUUUUGUAUCCCCAAUUAAAGGUAGAAAAGCA